CCAGAAUGUCCUGAAAUAUAUUUAAUUUCACACAAUUCUGAUUACAUCAAACCAAACCAAACCAAACAAUGUCCGGCAUCGAACUUAACCAUUCUCGGCCGACCAAGAAGAUCUUUCAUCGACCUCAAAGCUUCCGAGAUAUUCAAGGUUGGAUUUCGAAGAUGAAUCCAGAGCUUGUUAAAACCGUGAUUGAAUCAGGAAAAAAGCCACUCCAUUCUGCUCAUUAUCCACCUACACUUUCUUUGAGCAUGCCGGAGACCACUCCUUUGACUAUCUUCUACAAUGGGAUCGUCAAUGUUUUUCAAGUUUCUCCACUUCAGGCAGAGGCAGUUAUGAAAUUUGCAUAUGGAAAAGAAACACCAGCAUCUCCAUCACACAACAAACUCCAGACUCUUAACCAAGGGAAGCUAGAUGUUGAUGAAUCGUGUUCAGAUCUACCCAUCGCGCGUAAAAGGUCAUUGCAAAGGUUUUUGAAGAAACGCAAGGGGAGGGUGAAUAUGGGAGCUCCGUACUAAAAAGAAGGCCUGCAAUCAUUAGGGGUUAAUUGUCACUUAUGAUUAAUUUGGAUUCAUAUCCUUUUUUUUUUUUAUCAUUACGGCUUAUAUUUCUCACUUUAAUUUAUAUGAUACUUAUUAUGUAAAUGCACUGAAAGUGAUGAAAUGAUGGAUUCGACGAACUUUGAAA